AUGAAUGUUCUACUGUACGCAUUGGUAACGUACGAGCUAUAUAACCUGCACUGUCAUAUAGCGAAAGAUUCCCAUACACUGCAAAAAGGUGCUGUCGUCCGGCAUAUCGCCAAAGCCCACUACCUGAAAGGUCGACUGCCUGAAGAGAGCAUGGAAUUUCUGGCAAAAGCCAUUCGCUUCGUCACACUGAACUGCCGAACACUGUCGAGAAACACGCAUGAGGAUCGUCCCGUCAUCAGCAUCGAAAAUUACACUAUAUACUGCGGUGAUACCGAUGAGAAGAAAGUAGGUGGCUGCGCGAUAGCUGUGAGGAACGAUUACAACAACCUUGUGAAGGAAUUUGGCUCAACGUCGUCUAGAUGCGCCUUUGUACGACUGCGGGAUCGCAGAGGACGUAAACUCUGGAUCGGAAGUGCCCAUGCACCUACGGAAAUCGCGGAGAACAACAGCAAGGACGCCUUCUAUGAUGAACUCAAUGCGUUGAUGUCUAAAAUACCAAGCCAGCAGGUGGUCAUUGUCGGAAUCGAAUCAAAUACCAGGAUGGGACUCGAACAACAAUCUGAUGUGCUAGAAAGAUGGUAUUAUCCAGCGAAGCUCACAUGGGACAACGGUGACCGCCUGCUUGACUUAAGUGAACAGGCAGGCCUCAUUAUCGCUUCCACGUUUAAGAGUAAUCAUCGACGCCAUCAGCUUACGUGGCAAGGGACAACCCCAUUAACGCAAGAGGAGCAGCACAAGCGCAAGAUGACGACUCUCAAACUUCUGCUCGAUCACGUUCUGACGAGGAACAUCCCUCAGUCGGAUAUCGGAAAAUCCAGAGCUGUUUGA